CGACGGCAGAGAGGUGGGAUUCCAAGUCCCGCCCACCAUUUUUCCCUUUUUCUCCCCCGGACUCGUUACGCCCCUCCUCUUCCCCAUCUCUCCUUCGCAGACCUCCCUUACGCUCGGUUUCAAAAGACUCUUUGCCCAAUGAGUAAUGAGGAAGACUUCGAAUGGCAGCCUCGUCGGCCAAUACGCACGCAGAAAGGGCGGAGCGUCCUUAGCGUGCCUCUGACGGCAGGCGGCGUGUGACGCAGUCGGGCCCUCUGCGCUCCUGCGCCCGAAGCGGCGGUCGGUAGCAGCGGUGGCGGCGGCGGCGGCGGCAGCGACGGUUUUCUGGUGGCCGCGCGCUGCUCUGUGAGCAGCGGGUGGCGGACGGGCCUCGGCCCCCCACUCUGACACUCUGCCUUCCCCAACACACCGCGUUUUCUGAAGCUAAAACGCAUUUUGAAGAUGUUUAAUAAAUCAUUUGGAACCCCUUUUGGGGGUGGCACAAGUGGCUUUGGCACAACUUCAACAUUUGGACAGAAUACUGGCUUUGGCACCACUACUGGAGGUGCAUUUGGAACAUCUGCAUUUGGUUCUAGCACUAAUACUGGAGGCCUCUUUGGAAAUUCACAGACCAAACCAGGAGGAUUAUUUGGUACUAAUUCAUUUAGCCAGCCAGCUACCUCCACAAGUACUGGCUUUGGGUUUGGUACAUCAACAGGAACAUCAAAUAGCUUGUUUGGAACUGCAAGCACUGGGACUGGUCUUUUCUCAUCCCAAAACAAUGCCUUUGCACAAAAUAAACCAAGUGGCUUCGGAAAUUUUGGAACAAGUACUAGCAGUGGAGGACUUUUUGGAACAACAAAUACCACUUCUAAUCCUUUUGGUAGCUCAUCUGGCUCCCUCUUUGGGCCAAGUAGUUUCACAGCAGCACCGACUGGGACUACUAUUAAAUUUAAUCCACCAACUGGUACAGAUACUAUGGUCAAAGCUGGAGUUAGCACCAACAUCAGCACGAAGCACCAGUGUAUUACUGCCAUGAAGGAAUAUGAAAGCAAGUCACUAGAGGAACUUCGUUUAGAGGACUACCAGGCUAACCGAAAAGGCCCACAGAACCAGGUGGGAGCAGGAACAGCAACUGGCUUAUUUGGGUCUUCUCCAGCCACCUCCAGUGCUACGGGACUCUUCAGCUCCUCCACCACUAAUUCAGGCUUUGCAUAUGGUCCGAACAAAACUGCCUUUGGAACUAGUACAACUGGAUUUGGAACAACUCCAGGUGGUCUCUUUGGGCAACCAAAUCAGCAGACUCCCAGCCUCUUCAGUAAGCCAUUUGGCCAGCCUACAACCACCCCAAACACUGGCUUUUCCUUUGGUAACACCAGCACUCUUGGACAGCCGAGCACUAACACCAUGGGCUUAUUUGGAGUUACUCAAACCUCACAGCCUGGAAGUCUUUUUGGGACAGCCACAAACACCAGCACUGGGACAGCUUUUGGAACAGGAACAGGUCUCUUUGGGCAGCCCAGUACUGGGUUUGGUGCAGUUGGUUCGACCCUGUUUGGCAAUAACAAGCUUACUACGUUUGGAACCAGCACAACCAGUGCUCCUUCAUUUGGUACAACCAGUGGCGGGCUCUUUGGAUUUGGCACGAAUACCAGUGGGAAUAGUAUUUUUGGAAAUAAACCAGCACCUGGGGCUCUGGGAACAGGACUUGGCACAGGAUUUGGAACAGCUCUUGGUGCUGGACAGGCAUCUUUGUUUGGGAACAGCCAACCUAAGAUCGGAGGGCCUCUUGGUACAGGAGCCUUUGGGGCCCCUGGAUUUAAUACUACGACAGCCACUUUGGGCUUUGGUGCCCCCCAGGCCCCAGUAGCUUUGACUGAUCCAAAUGCUUCUGCUGCCCAGCAGGCUGUUCUCCAACAGCAUCUCAAUAGUCUGACAUACUCGCCUUUUGGAGACUCUCCUCUCUUCCGGAACCCCAUGUCAGACCCCAAGAAGAAAGAAGAGAGAUUGAAACCAACAAAUCCAGCAGCUCAGAAGGCUCUUACUACACCCACUCAUUAUAAACUGACACCCCGCCCUGCCACCAGAGUCCGGCCCAAGGCUUUACAAACAGCAGGCACAACCAAAUCACAUCUAUUUGAUGGGCUGGAUGAUGAUGAACCAUCCCUAGCCAAUGGAGCAUUCAUGCCUAAGAAGAGCAUUAAGAAGCUGGUCUUGAAGAACCUUAACAAUAGCAAUCUGUUUUCCCCUGUUAAUCGUGAUUCAGAAGAUCUGGCUUCACCCUCUGAAUAUCCAGAAAAUGGAGAAAGAUUUAGUUUCCUGAGCAAACCUGUUGAUGAGAACCAGCAGCAGGAUGGAGAUGAUGAUUCUCUUGUGUCACGUUUUUAUAAUAACCCUAUUGCCAAACCCAUUCCUCAAACUCCAGAGAAUGCUGGAAAUAAACACAACAGCAGCAGCAGUGUGGAUGAUACCAUUGUUGCAUUAAAUAUGCGUGUUGCUUUGCGAAAUGGACUGGAAGGAAGCAGUGAAGAAACCUCUUUUCAUGAUGAGUCACUGCAGGAUGACAGAGAAGAAAUAGAAAAUAAUGUUUACCAUUCGCAUCCAGCAGGCAUUGUUCUUACUAGAGUUGGUUACUAUACUAUUCCAUCUAUGGAUGAUCUUGCCAAAAUCACCAAUGAAAAAGGAGAGUGCAUUGUUUCUGACUUCACCAUUGGUCGUAAAGGUUAUGGCUCAAUCUAUUUUGAAGGAGAUGUGAAUUUGACAAAUCUCAAUUUGGAUGAUAUUGUACAUAUCCGAAGGAAAGAAGUUAUUGUCUACUUGGAUGAUGACCAGAAGCCACCUGUGGGUGAAGGGCUAAAUAGGAAGGCUGAAGUUACAUUGGAUGGAGUUUGGCCAACGGAUAAGACAUCUCGUUGUUUAAUUAAGAGUCCUGAUCGACUUGCUGAUAUCAACUAUGAGGGGAGAUUGGAAGCAGUUUCAAGGAAACAGGGAGCACAAUUCAAAGAGUACCGGCCUGAAACUGGCUCUUGGGUAUUUAAGGUCUCCCAUUUUUCUAAAUAUGGCCUUCAGGAUUCUGAUGAAGAGGAGGAGGAACGUUCAUCCAAAACUAGUACGAAGAAGUUGAAGACUGCCCCUUUAUCACCUCCAGGCCAGGCUGCUCCUUUACAGAUGGCUCUUAAUGGCAAACCUGCCCUUCCACCCCAGAUUCAGAGUCCAGAGGUGGAACAGUUAGGCAGGGUUGUGGAACUGGACAGUGACAUGGUAGAUAUCACCCAGGAGCCAGUUUUGGAUUCCAUCUUAGAAGAGAGCAUGCCUGAGGAUCAAGAACCUGUGUCUGCCUCUACACACAUUGCAUCUUCCCUGGGAAUUAAUCCACAUGUGUUACAGAUCAUGAAAGCGUCAUUGCUUGCUGAGGAAGAAGAUGUAGAUAUGAUGGAUCAACACUUCAGUCAUCUUCCUUCCAAAGGAGAUACUUCUCAGGAAAUCUGUUCUCCAAGACUUCCCAUUUCAGCAAUCCACUCAUCGAAAUCCCGUUCACUAGUUGGUGGGUUACUGCAAUCAAAAUUUACAAGCGGAGCUUUUCUUUCACCAAGUGCCUCUGUGCAAGAAUGUCGAACUCCCAGAACAUCAUCAUUAAUGAAUAUCCCAUCCACAUCCCCCUGGUCUGUCCCUCCACCCCUGGCCACCGUGUUUACAGUGCCUAGCCCAGCCCCUGAGGUUCAGUUGAAAACGGUGGGCACACGCAGGCAUCUGGGCUUAGUCCCUCUUGAGAAGUCUGUCACCUAUGGCAAGGGAAAUCUCUUGAUGGAUAUGGCCCUGUUCAUGGGACGCUCAUUUAGGGUUGGUUGGGGCCCUAACUGGACUCUUGCUAAUAGUGGAGAACGGCUGAAUGACUCUCUUGACCUGGAAAAUCAUCAAAUUGCUGAUUAUAUGGAAUAUGGAUUCCUACCUAAUCCAAUAGCUGUUAAAUCCCUAACUGAGUCCCCAUUCAAAGUUCGCCUAGAAAAACUCAGUUUGAGACAAAGGAAGCUGGAUGAAGACCUACAGUUAUUUCAGACACCUUUGGAGCUGAAAUUAAAACAUAGCACUGUCAAUGUUGAUGAACUAUGUCCUUUCAUCACCCCCAAUGUGGGAGUUGCUGUCAUUCAUGACUAUGUACGUUGGGUUAAGGAUGUAUCCACAGAUUUAUUGGAAGCACAGAUUGUGAAGCCUUGGAACUUAACAUGGACAUUAUGUGAAGCCCUGUGGGGCCACCUGAAAGAUCUUGACAACCAGCCUGGUGAGCCCAGCGCAUACACUCAGAUUCUGGAGCGAAGAAGAGCUUUCUCCCACUGGCUAUCCAAUAGUGCUACAGCUCUAAUUGAAGAGGAAGUCUCAACCCGAAAAGACAACCCUAUAGAGGCUGUCUUCAGCUACCUCACAGGCAAUAGGAUCAGCGCAGCCUGCUCUCUAGCACAGCAGUCAGGUGAUCAUCGCCUUGCCCUUCUUUUAUCUCAGUUGGUGGGAAGCCAUUCACUCCAGAAUCUGCUUUCUAUGCAGCUGGCAGAUUGGCAUCACCUCCAGGCCGACUGCUUCAUCCAGAAGGACAGACUGCGUGUCUAUGCCCUGCUAGCUGGAAAACCGGUGUGGCAGAUCUCAAAGCAGAUACAAAUUAAUGUGUGUGCCCAGCUAGAUUGGAAACGCUCCCUCGCUGUCCAUCUUUGGUAUUUACUUCCACCAACAGCUUCCAUUUCCAGGGCACUCAGCCAAUAUGAAGAAGCAUUUCAGAAUACCUCUGAUGGUGACCAAUAUGCCUGUCCUCCACUUCCUUCAUACCUGGAGGGUUCUGGCUGUGCACUGCAAAAGGAGAAAGAUUCAGAGGUCCCACUUCGAGACGUCUGCUUUCACCUUCUCAAACUCUACAGUAACAGAAAGUAUGAUCUCGAUCAGCUUCUGGAACCUCGAAGUGUGACUGCAGACCCUUUGGACUACCGCCUAAGCUGGCACCUGUGGGAGGUGCUACGGACUCUUAACUAUAACCACCUCGAAAAGCCAAGUGAGGGUGUGCUCCACGCCAGUUAUGCUGCCCAGCUGGAAAGUGAGGGGCUCUGGGAGUGGGCCAUCUUUGUCUUCCUGCACAUUGACAAUUCCAGCAUCCGUGAGAAGGCUGUUCGAGAGCUGCUUACCCGGCACUGCCAGCUGCUGGAGACCCCUGAAUCUUGGGCUAAGGAGACUUUCCUUACACAGAAGCUGUGUGUGCCUGCUGAGUGGAUUCAUGAGGCCAAAGCAGUGCGUGCACACAUGGAGUCUGAUAUGCACUUGGAAGCCCUCUACCUGUUUAAAGCUGGUCACUGGAACCACUGCCACAAACUCGUCAUCCGACACUUAGCUUCUGAUGCCAUCAUUAAUGAGAACUAUGACUACCUGAAGGGGUUCCUGGAAGACCUGGCACCUCCAGAGCGCAGCAGUGUAAUUCAGGAUUGGGAAACAUCUGGCCUUGUUUACCUAGACUAUAUUCAAGUAAUUGAAAUACUCCGCCGCAUUCAGCAGGAGGAAUGUUCGAGUUAUGAACUAGAGCAGUUAAACACCAAAGUGACUUCUCUGUGCAGCCGGAUAGAGCAGAUCCAGUGUCACAGUGCCAAGGACCGCCUGGCUCAGUCAGAUAUGGCCAAACGUAUAGCCAACUUGUUGCGGGUGGUACUGAGCCUAAGGCAUGCCCCUGAUGCCACUCCGGAUGCCACACCAGACCCUCAGCGAGUUCCGUUGCGCCUGUUGGCUCCCCACAUUGGCCGACUCCCCAUGCCUGAGGACUAUGCCUUGGAGGAAAUGAGCAGCCUCACACAGUCUUACCUUCGAGAACUGGCUGUUGGGAGCCAGUGAGCCCCAGGCUUCUCCUGCCACCCUCAGAGGCUGCUCACACUCAGCACAGAAUGGUUGCCAGCAUUGUUUUGACUGCCACGUUUUGCCAUUCUCAGUUGGCUGUGGAAGACACUCUCCUUUCCUGCUGCCCAAAGCAGCACCCUCUAAUUGUUCAGGGCUUUUCUUAAUACUGAACAUACCACAAGGGCUUCUGGAACCAAAAAAGGAGAUGUUUCCUUUUACCAUCCUCGAGACCACUUUUUUUCUUUUCAAAAUGGUCAAUAAAGCUCCUUUGGCAGAA